AGAAGAAAUUAAUUUCUCCAUUUCCGUUCUCCGAAGACGCCGACCGCCCCACUCUCUCUUAAAUCUCUUCCGCCGCCACCUGUCUCUCUCUCGCUCAUUCACGCUGACGCGGACAAUCCUCCUCCGAUACCGGACGACGACCAGCACGCCGCGCUGCCACUGUUACGCCGCUUUGAAGCAGUCCACCUUGAUUGGUGACGCUCUGUCCGGUUCCUCCACGGGUUUCGUUGUCAGUCGAGCCGUCAUCCCGCAAAUCGAAUCGUUGCUAGCCUCGUUAUUUUCUAGCUAUCUCACGUUGGAUCUCAGAUUUGGGUACAUUAUGAUGUUAGAUUGGGAGAAUUUAACUGCUGUCCAGUCGUGAGAAAGCUCAAAAUUCGGUGUUUGAAACAAAUUUAGGUAGCGGUCAAGUUCCAGGUGCCCGUUGAGUGCCUCACCACUUGUUGUGGACAUCCUAGCAUUGUCUAGAAGUGCAUCACGAGGAUGGUCUAGAAGUGGGGACGAUUAUGUAAAGAAGCCCCUUUUGAGAAAUUUUUUCAAGCAUUUUGGAGACACUGUCCAACCGUGGAUUGAGUUCUCUUUGGAGAAAAGAUGCAAGACUCAAUUCAGCUUCAAUCCCAGUUUAGGUUGGGCCAACGAGUCCACUUUGUCGGUGAUCCCAGACGUACUGGGACAGUGGCUUUCAUAGGAACCCUAGAAGGUUAUUCAGGAACGUGGGUUGGAGUGGACUGGGAUGACAACAAUGGUAAGCACGAUGGUUCCAUCAAUGGGGUUCGCUAUUUUCAGGCAAAGUCAGAACGAUCUGGUUCGUUUGUUCGGUUCCAGAAUUUGAGUCUUGGCAUUUCGCUGCUCCAAGCAUUGGAGCUCAGAUAUAGAGGCGACUCUACAAAAGAAGAAGAGGAUGAAAUGUACGUACUCUCAGCCAGUGACAAGCGUGUAUCUGUUCAGUUUGUGGGUAAAGAUCUUAUUAAGGACAAGCUUAGUCGUUUUGAGGAGUUAACUAGUGUAUCCUUGUCAUAUAUGGGUGUUAGCUCUCUCGGGAAUCCAGGUCAAAUUGGCUCCGUCUUGCCAAACCUAAAACAGCUUGACCUGACUGGAAAUUUGCUAUCAGAUUGGAAGGAUAUCAGUAUCAUUUGUGACCAGUUACAAGCUCUUGUAGCCAUCAUUUUAUCGAACAACUUAUUGUCGUGUGAAAUCUCAGGGCCCCUUCAAUUGAAACACAUUCGUAUUUUAGUUCUAAACAAUACUGGAAUAACUUGGAUGCAGGUUGAAAUACUUAAACAUUCACUGCCGGCUAUGGAAGAACUACAUCUGAUGGGAAAUAAUAUAAGCGAAGUAAAGCCUGAAUCGUCUUCUAUGGUUGAAGGAUUUAAUCUUCUGCGGCUUUUAAAUCUGGAAAAUAACUGUAUAGCUGAGUGGAACGAAAUAUUGAAACUUGGUCAAUUAAAAAGCUUGGAGCAGAUUCAGUUAAAUAACAACAAAUUGAGCCAUAUAUUUUAUCCCAACUUGAAUGAGUUGCACGAGUUAUUUGGAGAUGUUGAAUCACAAGGAGAUUGUUUUCCAUUUCAAAAUUUGCGAUGCCUCUUUCUCGGAGGCAACAACAUUGAUCAUUUGGCUUCUAUUGAUGUCUUAAACUCAUUCCCUAAUUUGAUUGACAUCAGGCUUUCAGAGAAUCCGAUAGCUGAUCCCAUGAGGGGUGGGAUUCCCAGAUAUGUUUUAGUUGCACGAUUGUCCAAAAUUCAAGUUAUAAAUGGGAGUGAGGUAACUCCUCGUGAAAGAAGGGACUCUGAAAUACGCUACGUACGCAUGGUUAUGUCAAAUCUGGAUGGCAAUCACGAGGAAACGUUGAGGCUACAUCCUAGAUUUGAAGAGCUUAAGAGUUUUUAUGGGAUUGAAGAUAAUAGUGCAUCAGUCGGACCAGCCGGACCUCAGAAGCUGUCUUCUGGUCUCAUUUCAAUCACUUUAAAGUGUGUGGGAGCAUCAAUUGGUGAGAAGCCACCAGUGACAAAGAAACUGCCACCCACUACAUCAGUUGGCAAGUUAAAGAUGCUUUGUGAAAGCUUUUUCAAACUAAAAUCUAUCAAGCUAAAGUUGUAUCUUCAAGAAGAGGAUUCUCCCAUGCCGAUAUUGCUUGAGGAUGAUAUGACAUCCCUGAUGGAUCUUGGCGUUGGGAAUGAAUCUAAUAUUCUUGUGGAUGAAGAGAGUUAAAGGAAGUAAACCAAAAGGUUCUUCGAUUAUUAGUGCAUUUUUUUUAUUCUUAAAUUUUCUGUAUUACCAUGAUUCACCCUGCCGAGGCUUGAAAGAUGCUAUCAAGUUUCAUUGUUGCUCUUGUACCCUCGAUUAUUGUCGCAAGUUUUUAUAUUAAGUUUGCACCCAUUUUAUUUUUUUGAAUAUCAUAUUCUAUAAACUGAAAACAGGAUAUCAAAGACUUGUUUGACCAAUAUUGACAUCUAAAAUAAAAUCAAUUGUUAGAAUAGAUGGUAACAA